CGCAAAAAAAAAAAAAUAAUUUCUUACCUUUAUACCACACAUAAAAUGGUUGAUCUGUCUACCUCCAUUGCUGGCGUCCAGCUCCCCAACCUCUUUUUCAAUGCAUCGGGUGUCAAAUGCCAAUACGAAUCUGAUUUGAAGGAAUUACUGGACAGUGAAUCCGGCUCGCUCAUUACGAAAUCGUCCACCUUUGAAGUCCGUGAAGGCAACCCAAGCCCUCGCUACUGCCCUUUGCCUUCUGGCAGUAUCAACUCGAUGGGCUUGCCCAACGAGGGCUACGAAUACUACCUUGAAUAUGCCAAAAAAUACGAUUAUACCAACCCCAAGCCCUUGUUUGUGUCUCUUUCCGGCCUGAGCUUGCAAGACAACGUCAAGAUGGUCGAGAAGUUUGCUGCUGCUGACCUGCCCUGUGUCUUGGAAGUCAACUUUUCCUGCCCCAACGUGCCUGGAAAGCCUCAGCUGGGUUAUGACAUGGAAGCCAUGGAAAAUGCUCUGCAGACCCUUGCUCCCAUCAUCAAGAAACCUUUUGGCAUCAAGUUGCCUCCUUACUUUGACAUUGCCCACUUUGAUGCCGUCGCCGCUAUCGUCAAUAAGGUCGACAACCUGGCCUUUGUCACUUGCGUCAACUCGGUCGGUAAUGGUUUGGCCAUUGAUUUUGAGACUGAGACAGCUAUCAUUAAGCCCAAGGAUGGCUUUGGCGGUCUGGGUGGCGCAAUGAUCCUCAACACUGCUCUUGCAAACGUCAAUGCUUUCCAUCGUCGUCUCAAGGGUGGCAAGAAGGUCAUUGGUGUUGGCGGUGUCACCUCCGGCAAGGAAGCUUUCUUGCAUGUUCUCGCUGGUGCAAGUGCUGUCCAGAUCGGUACCCAACUCCAGGAAGAGGGUCCCUCUUUCUUUGCUCGUGUCAAGAAGGAGCUUACUGAAAUCAUGGAGGCCAAGGGCUAUAAGUCCUUGGAGGAUUUCCGUGGCAAGGUCAAGACGUUGUAAAUAGUAAUCAUCACCAUCAUAAUAAUAAAGUAUGCAAUUCCAUCAUAUUUGUUGUAGAUCAAGCCAUAAAU